AUGUCCGUUCAGCUUGAUGCUUCAUCUUAUCCCCGUAUUUUAACGUUUUUCCUCCCUGGCUGUUCGUUCGGUGUUCGUUUUCCUUUAAGGCAAGAGAAGAGAGAAGGAGAGGAAGAACAGGCUAAAGAUCUUCGUUCUUCGCUUAUAAAGGAGUAUGCCUGGCAUUAUAUUGCUUAUGAGGACCUCAAGGAUGCGUUGAAGACGUCUUUUGAGACGGAGCCUACGCCCAAUAACCCUUCGCCGAAACGCAAGCCAUGGACUGAAGAGGAUGAGAGGCGGUUUGUCGCUUUGCUGGAGAGCGAGCUUGACAAGGUCUUCACCUUUCAGAAGGUAAAGAGUGAUGAGAUCGUCCGUCGCAUCAAGGCGAGCGAUAAAGAGGUGAGUGAGGUGGUUGGCCGAUUGGACCGGUCUGUGGCCUCUGGUUCCAUGAGAAGUCGACAACCCCCUCCCACUGAUGAUGACUUCUUGCUACUCGAGGAAGAUUUGAGUGAUGUUAUUGCCGAUGUUCAUGAUCUCGCCAAAUACACUCAAUUGAACUAUACCGGCUUCCAAAAGAUUAUCAAGAAACACGAUAAACAAACAAAUUGGUGUCUCAGGCCAGUAUUCGCUGCUCGAUUGAGGGCAAAGCCUUUUUUCAAGGACAAUUAUGAUGCGUUUGUCGUCAAGUUGUCAAAGCUCUAUGACCUGGUCAGGACCAAGGGCCAUCCUGUCGAGGGAGACAGUGCUGCUGGUGGAUCACAGCAAAAUUUUGUCCGCCAAACCACCAAGUACUGGGUGCAUCCUGAUAACAUUACUGAGCUCAAGCUUAUCAUCUUAAAGCAUCUUCCCGUCCUUGUGUUCAACGCUUCGAAAGAGUUUGAAGAAAGCGAUGCUGCUAUUUCUUCGAUAUACUACGAUAAUACCGAUACCUGGGAGUUAUAUACUGGGCGACUGAAGAAGACAGAAGGAGCUGAAGCCAUUCGUCUCAGAUGGUAUGGAGGUAUGGAAAAUGAUCAAAUCUUCGUUGAGCGUAAAACCCAUCGCGAAGACUGGACUGGAGAGAAAUCUGUCAAGGCUCGGUUCCCGAUUAAGGAGAAAUAUGUCAAUGCUUACUUGGAAGGGCGAAUGACUGUUGAAUCCAUUUUUGAAAAGGCACGGAAGGAAGGUAAGAAGAGCGAGAAACAGAUCGCGGACUGGGAACAGCUAGCUCGAGAGAUUCAGUAUCGCGUCAUCACCCGACAACUUGUUCCAGUUAACAGAUCAUUCUACCACCGGACUGCCUUCCAGCUUCCGGGUGAUGCCAGAGUUCGUGUCUCUUUGGACACGGAGCUCACAAUGAUCCGAGAAGACAACCUCGAUGGUCGUCAACGAUGCGGCCAGAAUUGGCGUCGUAUGGAUAUAGGAAUUGACUAUCCAUUUAAACAACUUCCAGCUGCUGACGUUGAACGAUUCCCCUAUGCCGUUCUUGAAGUCAAGCUCCAGACUCAGGCUGGCCAGGAACCUCCACAAUGGAUUAAAGAGCUCACGUCAAGUCAUUUAGUUGAAGCCGUGCCAAAGUUCAGUAAAUUCAUCCACGGCACCGCAACCCUCAUGCCAGAUCGUAUCAAUCUCCUUCCAUUCUGGAUGCCUCAGAUGGACGUUGAUAUUCGUAAACCAGUCACCCCUGGCUUUGGUAUUGAACGGCCCGUUCAGUCUAACCAAUCGACCAGUGAUGACAUGUUAGACGAUGACGAAUCUGAUGAUGAGGGUGGAAUCCGCGUUGAUGGCAGCAAUGGAACAACCCAGGCAGGCGGUUCUGGUAUGCAGCAAUAUCAAGACAAUCAGGACAAUGCGACGAACGGAUAUGCUGUGACUGAGGUUGACAACAUGCUGGCUCCUCGUAACCUCCUGGAUAUCGAGGAGCGUAUCGCCGCUGACGGCCUCCUUGGUGGUAACGACUACCCACUAUAUGAUUCUGAGGAUGAGUCGAAUGCUCAGGAUGAACUGGAUGAGGCCAGACAGGUUGGUGGCUGGCAGUAUUACUACAAGCUUGCCAGGUAUAAUCUCAAUUCCGCUGGCCGCAACACAGUUCAAUUCCUUGGUUACCUCCGCCCAUUCCCUCAGCCCACCGAAUUACCAGAAGGUGCUGGCGGUGGCCGUAAUCGUCGUAUUCUGGGGGAUGACAUUCAGGUUAAGAAGUUCAAGGCUCCCAAGGGCAAGAGAAUCCAUGUCCCAGUGCGAGUUGAACCUAAGGUCUUCUUUGCUGUUGAGCGUACGUUCCUCUCCUGGCUUGAAUUCUCCAUCUAUGUCAGCGGAAUUGCCCUCACGCUUCUCAACUUCGGACACGAUAACAUCAGCAUCAUCACCGCUUGGGCCUUCACCGUCAUGGCCUGUCUACUGCUCGUCUACAGUUUCCUUCUGUACAUGUGGCGCGUUGAUAAGAUCCGCAAGCAGCGAGACGUUAAGAGAGUGUAUCAUGAGAAAUGGGGACCAACCCUCCUUUGCCUUGGCGUGGUCGUUUCAGUUAUUAUCAACUUUUCAUUGAGAGCCAAAGCCGGCGGCCUAUUUGGGUCUGGUGGAAGUGCUAACAACACAGGUACAUACAUGAUCGCCAGUAGCUUGUAA